AGCGAACUGCCACUGCCACUGCCGAUUUCCAUCCAACUGCCAAGUGCCAGCGAACACCAUUCAGCGGUAGCGGCAGUAAUAAUUUCACUUCAACUGAAAAAGUGACUUAUUUCGCCUUUAACAAUGAACUGGAAUGCAUUUAACUUGUAUAAUUACAAAACGUUGGCUUGUGUCCUUUUCCUGAUAUGCCAUAGUUUUUACAACCCUACCGAUAGCGGUGCUGUGCAAAUUACACAAAGUAAUUUGGAUAUGGUGUUAGCUUCCAAUGAAAUAGUAUUUAUUAAUUUUUAUGCUGAAUGGUGCAAAUUCAGUAAUAUGCUUAUGCCAAUAUUUGAUGAGGCUGCCGAUGAAGUCACUAAAGCUGGUUAUGACACUGGAAAGGUGGUUAUGGGCAAAGUAGACUGUGACAAAGAAGGCGCUGUAGCGACUAGGUUCCAUAUUACCAAAUAUCCUACUUUAAAAAUGUUCCGGAAUGGCAUGCCGGCUAAGAAAGAGUACAGAGGCCAGCGCUCAGUUGAGGCUUUUGCCGAAUUCAUCAAGAAGCAGCUAACAGACCCUGUGGUCACUUUUGGACACCUCAAAGAGCUGCACGAUCUCAGUGAGGACAAAAGACACAUCAUUGGCUACAUGGACAGGCGGGAUCAACCUGAGUAUGACACAUUCAGGAAGGUUGCAGCGAACCUUAAAGAUGAGUGCCAAUUCCAUGUUGGCUUUGGUGAUGCUUCACAGCAGAUGCAUCCUCCAGGUCAGCCAAUAGUAGUGUUUAGAACCGAUAGAAAGAAAUCCACGGAACCCGAUGAAACAUACACUGGCUCUUUAAAUAACUUUGAUGAACUAUACAAAUGGGCCCAAGAGAAAUGCAUACCUUUGGUACGAGAGAUCACCUUUGAGAAUGCUGAAGAACUCACUGAGGAAGGACUGCCAUUCCUGAUUCUGUUCCACCAUCCUAAUGAUAAUGAGAGCAUAAAGAAGUAUAAGGAGGUUAUCCAAAAUGAACUUGAGGGUGAAAAACAGAAUGUGAACUUCUUGACUGCUGAUGGUGUCCGGUUCGAGCACCCACUCCACCAUUUGGGCAAGUCCAUCUCAGACCUGCCUCUGAUUGCCAUUGACUCCUUCCGCCAUAUGUACAUGUUCCCCGACUACAAAGAGAUGGAGAAACCUGGUAGAUUAAAGCAGUUCCUGCAAGAUUUAUACUCUGGAAAAUUGCACAGGGAGUUCCACUACGGUCCCGACCCAGACCAGCCUGUAUUGAACUUGGAGGUCAAGGUGACCACUCCUCCAGAAUCCACGUUCAAGAAGUUAGCGCCGUCCAAAAACCGCUACACCCUACUCAGGGACGAAUUAUAAGGUUAUUGCACCUAGGUCAUGAAAUUUAGUAUAAGUCACUUACUAAAGAACCUUAUUGUAUAAAAACCGUUUUAUCUCGUUUUUUUUUGUAUAUGAUAUAUAAUUAUAUUUUUUCGUUUCGUUAUAAAUACCGAAUUAUUUUCGUUUCUUGGUUGCGAACAAAGCCAGUUGAUUCCUUUAUAUUUAUUUAAUAACUUGUAUCGUUCAGUUCUUAAUCAAGUCAUAUUGUAAAAAAAUAUGUAUAUUCGAUAGGACUUUAUUACGAUUAUAUUAUGACUCACUACUUCUCAAAAUUCCUGUGUAAAAUAUUUAUUAAAAAGUAGAUAAUUAAAACUUUUUGAAAUCUAUUCUUUGAACUUUUAGCGUUUCUAUUUAUAGCGUAGUAUGUAGUUUUUUUUUUAUUUCUAAGUUAUGCAUUUUGGAUGUUCAUUACUGACUACUUAUAAUAGCAAUCUAUUGCUAGAUAACUAAUAAGUUAACAUUUCCCUGUUUUUCUUCUUUUUCCUUCAAUAGUGUAAGUGUCCGCAUUUUGACUAGCGUGCUUAUACGGUAGAAGUGUUAACGGAAGCCAUAUUAAAUUACUGCAAUAAAUAAAUAUUAAUGAAAGUGAUGCUGACUCUUAUGCAUCAAUUGUUAUAUAAUUCUCAUACAUUAUAAAUCUGAACAUGCAUUUUGUUAUUAUAAGAUGUUGCACUUCUCAGUGAGAAUCGAAAAUUAUGAAAUUGAAUUAAUUUAUUACAUCUAGGAAUCACAAUGGCUUCGAAGAUAUUAGAAAAACCAAAUACACUUGUGUUUUGUACACUCAAGUAUAUUUAAAGGGUCAUGUGAUUGAAUAUAGGCCCAAGUACACCGACAACAAACAUCCGUUUGCUUAAAACUACUGUUCACUUUGAAAAUUGAAUGUCAAAAUUCAUAGUUAACAGUUGUUUUAAGAAAACUGAUGUUUACGUUGUUAGUGAACUUGGGCCCAAGUCUUAUCAAGGCGUAAUUGAUUUACGUGUGUAAUUUCUAUGUACUCUAAAGAACCUGUUGGCUGCAAUGCAAAUUGAAUCCUAAAUCUACCGGCAUAGUGUUUAAUACUAAUUGUAAGCCCUGUAUUUCUCAUACAAGGCUCGCAAAACUCAUGCAUGUUAUUAAUUUAUUAUGGUCUAUCUUUCUAUUUCCCUUACAAAAGGCGUUUAUCUUGAAUCUAUUUGGUAAAGCUCCCUGUGACGAGAUAAAACAUUCCUCGAUCUAAAACUGAAUAGUCAUUAUUUACUGUAUUGUAUAAUUAUAAUGUGAAAUGGUUGUACAAAUGUAUGUUUUGUGACGUGUGUUGUAAUAAAUUUUUUCGACCCGAAA